GCCUAAUAACUAUCAAUACUAUUAACCAAGAAACGGCAUGAUUGAUGAUGAUUCAUUUGAUAACCAAGAAACGUCUGUUAGGAUGCUGCAGGCCAACUUUUAUUCCGUCACCUUUGACAAACACAGCAAGCAAGUACAGAUAGUAAUACAAUAACAAUAAUGCUAACACGUUCCGUAACUUCCGCGUUUGACACAUUGACACAAGCCCCAUAGCUGCCCUCGGCUAUGCCUGCCAAGAAGUUCAUGCUGUCUCUUUCCUUCUUUCCGCUGGGACUGUACCGCUGCACUGAGAGGCGUUCAGGUGCACUCGUCAUUGUGAGCAUGUAAGCAACCUUCAUUCACGCCCCCCCCCCCCCUACACACACACAGUCCAAACAAGGUAUGUGAGCUCAAGCAGGAUGUGGACCACAACAGAGCCAGCAAGAACCACAGUGAACCUUGGAGCUGCGUCCGAGGGUCUGAAGGCUCCGGUGUGUAACAACCGUGCAACCGUGAAGCAGCCAUUGCACGUGGAGAUGGCGGACAGCUGGAUAAGACAAGCUAGGCUAGGAGCUAGGAUAAGACGCUCGUCUCGAUCACAGUAUGAUGGAAAGACGGAAGAUAUCCCAAUGGAAAGCCAGAAGAAGGGGAAAGUAUUACUGGAGUCCAAAUCACGAGAUAAGGAAAUCUUCAUCGUGAAAUAAAAGUUAGGAACUGGGAGAAAGAGUGCAGGUUGUUCCUUCAUUGGAAGGACACAGUGGAAAGUCUGGAAUCUCGUCAUCACUGACUUCGAUGUUCCCACAAGCCCACGAUGCACUCAGUCUCUCCAGGAACCAGACGCCAUCAGGUGUUCAGGCUGCCAUGGCGACGUCGCUUUUCAGGCCUUGGCUGCUGCUGCUGGUCGCCGUGGGGGGGGGGAAUCCCACAAGGGUGAAGGACCACUACAUUGCUGCCGUGGAGAUGGGCUGGGACUACGUCCAUGUUGAUGAUGGAGGUGCGAUGCCCGGCCAAAGUUGGAACUCCAAGGAUGCGCCUCAGAAAUACAAGAAGGUGAUGUACAGGGAGUACACGGACGCCACAUACACCGUCCUCAAGACCAGACCGCCGUGGGCAGGAAUCCAAGGUCCGGUGAUCGUGAUGGAGACCAAAGUCCAGGUGGUGGUGCACUUCAAAAACCUGGCGUCCCAGCCUUACAGUAUCAGCCCAGUGGGGGUCUCAUACGGGAAGCAGUCUGAAGGGGCGGGCUACGAGGACUCCACGGGAGGCCAAGAGAAGGAGGACGACGCCGUCGCUCCUGGAGGAUACCACAAGUACGUGUGGGACAUCGCCCCCGAGCACGGCCCCACGGACAACGACCCAGAGUGCCUCACGUACUCCUACUCCUCCCAGGUGGACCCCGUCCGAGACCUCAACUCAGGACUGAUCGGGGUCCUGCUCAUCUGCAAGCCAACGGCUUUGCAUGACGGACAGAGGAGGAACCCCGCCUUCGUUCUGCUCUUUGCCGUGUUUGACGAGAGCAAGAGUUGGUACGGACACGUGGGGGGGAGGGGGGGCAGCAGGAAGGAAUAUCACACCAUCAACGGAUACGUCAACUCCACCUUGCCUGGUUUGACAAUGUGCCAAAGCGACCACCAUGUGUUUUGGCAUCUGAUUGGCGUCGGCACCGCCCCCCAGAUACACUCCAUCCGGUUCCAGCAUCACACGCUGAAGGUGAUGAACCAUCGGAAAGUGAGUUUGGAGGUGACCCCCAUGACCUUUGUCACAGCGCAGAUGAAGCCCGCCUCCGUGGGCCACUUCCUGAUCAGCUGUCAGAUACGUUCCCACCACCUGGAUGGCAUGAACGCCGUGUUCACGGUGGACACGUGCCCGGAGCCCACCCGCCCGCCGGGGCCCGAUCUUCGCCGAGCCAAAUACACGGAGAAUUACGAUGAGGGAGAUUACGUGUUCGAGCCCGUGCUGAUCCCGCCGAAGAUGCCACAAGCGCAAGUGAGAUCCAGCGGGAGGUCCUUCCCAACCAAGCGCUACUACAUCGCAGCCGAGGACCUCGUGUGGGACUACGCUCCUCACCUGGACGCCACGGACAGUGAGGGGCGGUUCGGGGACGGGGACAUGCCCCCCGGUCCUCAUCACCUGGACUACAAGUACAAGAAGGUGGCCUACGUGGAAUACACGGACGCAUCGUUCACACAGAGGAAGAAGACCAGCCGGACGCUGAUGGGUCCCCUGCUGAAAGCAAAGGUCAAGGAUCACCUCCACAUUGUCUUCAAAAACCUGGCCAGUCACCCCUUUAACAUCUACCCCAACGGCCUCACCAAGAUCUACCCGCUGCUGACACCCACGGAGGAAAAGGACUUGCGUUCGAUGGAGGUGCCGCCCAACGGGACCUUUGUCUACGUCUGGGAGGUCACCAUCGAUGAUGCGCCCUUAGAGGAGGACCCCCAGUGCCUGGCCCAGCUCUAUCAGAGCACCGUGUCCCCAGAGAGAGAUCUGGCCUCGGGGCUGGUUGGCCUCUUGCUCAUCUGCAAGUUCGAUUCCAUGGACAGAAGAAAACGGCUGCUGCGUGCCGAUAAGGAGUGGAGUCUGAUGUUUGCCGUCUUCGAUGAGAACAAGAGUUGGUACGUGGAUGAGAACCUUUCCAAAGAUCCCAAUUCAUCCAACAGCUCCGAUGCGGACUUCUACGACUCCAACGUCAUCCACAGCAUCAACGGCCUGGUGUUCAGCGGCCACCAGCUGGUGGCGUGUCAGACCGACAUCGCCUUCUGGCACGUGGCUAGCGUGGGCAUCCACGACCGCUUCCUGUCGGUCUACUUCACCGGAAACCUCUUUCAGUAUCGUGGCCUUCAUCAGUCCGUCCUCACCCUCUUUCCCAUGACUGCCGUUACCAUCAGCACGGAAAUGGACCUGCCAGGUGAGUGGGAGAUCAGCGCCUUUGACAGCAGCCUCAAGAACCGGGGGAUGAGCUUUCGUUACAGCGUUUGUUCCUGCGACGGAGACGUCCUGAGCCUGGAUGAUCUCGCUGAGUGCGGGGAUCAGACGUACCUCCUACCAAAGGGCAAGAGGCUUGAAACUGAACCCAAGCAGGUCAAAGUGUGUCACAACUACACUGCCAGUCAAAAUGGCACGGAUGGUCUACCAGUGGGGACCGUGGAAGGAGACCAAAUCUGCCAGAUGAUACACGUGACCCAAGUGUCUUCAGAGGAACCAAACCAAGCCCGUGAGGAAAAGGAGGAAGAAGGAAUCCCACAGGACGUCUUGGAGGAAUUGGACAGAAACGGGCAUUGGAUUGAAGAUGCUGAACCUGAUAGAAGCGGCAGACGAAGAAGACGGGCAGAAGGCAACUGGACAACUAGAGGGCUGCAAGAUGGAGAGUUGGGAGGAGACUCUGUGGAAAAUGGAACAGAUACCAGCGUUGAGCCAAGGAAGGAGAGCCCAGGUGACAUGAAUGGGACAAUGGAAGAGCGCAACGAGAUCUUACUGGAGAGAAAAGCAAUUUUCCCAGAGAAGAUCUCCAGUAAUUCACUAGCGACAGAUGGAAGAAGCGAGUCCGGUUCAGGUCAGGAAGUGGAUCUGCUGAUGGAUUAUAAUGCCACUGCCACCAAGAACGCGCCAGGAAUUGGUCUCUCAGUGGAGUUUGAUGACUACAGCCAAGAGGAGAACAGCACGUCUGGUGGGAUCGCCUCAGACCGUCUGGACAUGCGCUCCAGGAAAACCAACCCCGACCCUUACUACAUCGCUGCAGAGGAGAUCAGCUGGGACUACGGCAUCAAGGAACCUCAUCACCUCAUAAAACCCAGUCCUUUCAGAGAGAUGCGACGUGGAAUGAGAAGGUUCCUGCCAGACUACAAGAAGGUGGUGUUUAAGGCCUACAGCGACCACAACUUCGUGCGUCCUGCAAACAGAGGCGAGCUUCAUCAGCACCUAGGAAUCAUGGGACCUGUCAUCAGAGUGGAAGUCAACGACGUCCUCAUCGUCAUGUUCAAGAACAAGGCAUCCAGGCCGUACUCCUUUCACCUUCAGGGAGUUUAUGAUCGGACCCAGGGGGGCGGCUUUGCACCAAGUUACAGCACUUCGCUGCUCUCUGGGGUCCCAGGAGAGCCCGUCCAACCAGGGGAGGUUCGCAUUUACAGCUGGAAAAUAGCCAGGCAACACGGACCCACCAAGGUGGAAUUUGACUGCAAGGCCGGAGCGUACUACUCCACCGUCAACAAGGAGAAAGACCUUCACUCGGGUCUGAUCGGACCGCUGCUCGUGUGUAAGAGCGGGACUCUUGGGAAAAACCAUCAACUUAAGAUCCAGGAGUUCUCGCUUCUCUUCCACACCUUUGAUGAGACCAAAAGUUGGUACCUGGAGGAGAACCUGCGCAGGCACUGCGCCCCUCCUUGUCAGGUCAACCCUGAGGACCCGUGGUACCACAUCGGCAAUAAGUUUUCAGCCAUCAAUGGCUACGUGGCAGAGACACUUCCUGGUCUGUUGGUUCCCCAAAACUGGACGGUCAGGUGGCACCUCCUCAAUGUGGGAGGUGAUGGAGAGUACCACGCUGUGCACUUCCACGGUUUGCCUUUCACCGUGCCCAUCGAGCAGAACCACCGCAUGGGCGUCUACAACCUCUUCCCUGGCGUAUUCGGCACCGUGGAGAUGGUACCUUCCACUACUGGCACCUGGCUGGUGGAGUGCACCAUAGGAGACUACCAGCUGGCUGGGAUGAGAGCUAAACUGCUGGUCUACGAUCCAGAAUGUUCUUCACCUUUGGGGAUGCAAUCAGGAAGAAUCAAGGAUUUCCAGAUCAGCGCUUCAGAUCAUAUCGGAAGCUGGAAGCCCCAUCUGGCGCGGCUGCAUCAGUCUGGUUACAUCAAUGGUUGGAUGGGGUCCAGCACAUCUUCUUGGCUGCAGGUGGACCUGCUGAAGCCAACCUUGCUGCACGGUAUUGAGACGCAGGGAGUCAGUUCAAACCUGAGGGACCACUACGUCUCACACUUCACUGUCUCCUACAGCCUGGACCAGGAGAAGUGGACCACCUACCAAGGGAACCUCACAAAUAUGUUCCACGGCAGCAUGCACCACUCCAACGUGAAAAGCAACCACUUCCGUCCGCCGCUGGUGGCUCGCUACAUCAGGAUUCACCCUAAGAACAUUUCCCCGAAGCCGGCGCUGCGCCUGGAGCUGCUGGGCUGCGAUGUCAACAGUUGCUCGCAGCCGCUCGGCCUGAGCUCAGGGAAGAUUAAGGACAUCAGCGCCUCCUCCUAUCGCUCCUCCCUGUUUCGUAGAUGGGAACCCACUCUGGCUCGCCUCCAUCAGCAGGGCAGCGUCAACGCCUGGAGGCCCAAGAACAACAGCCCUCAGGAGUGGAUCCAAGUGGACCUGGGGACCGUCAAGCGCAUCACGGGCGUGGUGACCCAGGGGGCGCGGUCCCUGCUGACAAAGAUGAUGGUGACUGAGUUUGCAGUGAGCGUCAGCUACGAUGAAGCAUCGUGGCGCGACGUGCUGGAGGAGGACUCGCAAAGUGAAAAGAUCUUCACAGGAAACAACGAACCGGACGAGGAGGCCCUCACGCUUUUUGAAGCGGCUCUGUUUGGCCGCUACCUGCGGAUCUACCCCCGCCGUUGGGUCAACGACAUCGCUCUGCGUCUGGAGGUGCUGGGCUGCGACACGGAGGAGGUCGUCUAACAAAGCGCCGUCCCGUACUGCACUUCCUGUCCCAAUAGCACCCUAAGCUAGCGCUGAAGUACGUAUCGUUAUGAUAUUGAAUGUGUCACUGUGGGAGUGGGGGGGGGCAGCCUUGAUGGAGACCAGCUCGGUCACGCCCACGGAUGGAUGAAUGCUUCCCAUAUGGCUUGUAUUCCUGAUGUUCCUGCUUCUGAUAAAUCCUAAUUCCUCAUCAAUCCUCAUGUUGUGUCAUCAUAAAUGUUAAACCUUACAGAGUACGUGCGCCCAAAAGCUGCUUGUUUCCUGUCCUGGUUAACAUUUUCUUGUCGUGGGAAACAGAAGCCCCCCCCCCUCUUGCCAGCACUUUUAUCUUCUCCCUUUCUUGGUGUUAUUUCGGCUUAUCCACCUCGCACAUUGUUCUCAGACAACAAGCAGGUUUGUGCCUCGGGCAGCAGCGACGGAAACGCCAUCAGCGUGUUUGUUGCUCCGAACCGACGUUAUCGCCUCAUUAUCGGCCCGGGAAGUUUCCAGCCGGGGAGGGAAGAGCAACAACGGACAGGACGUUAGCACGGGGACAUCGUGUUUGGCUGAUAGGCUUGCAAAACAAUAGCAGUGUCUUCUCAGCACAGAGGGACCACUGAAGGGAGCAC